AUGACGCCAACUAUUGACAUUGUAUCACCACAAAACGAGGGGGACAAUACCGCUGGACAUAGUACGCUAGCUUUUGUUCUUGUCGACGAUUCUGAGGAUCACCUUUUCGGGUCAACUUCUUUCCACGUAAUAGAUGUCGCUCGAUUAACUGAUCUUGAUGCGCUCUUCCUAUACUUCACGACGUCAUACAAGGGCACCUUAUCCUCGUCCGUGUAUGCGGCCAAUUUAAGUUUAAGGGAAUAUCUCUCGCGUAGCCCGACGUACUCCAGAUAUACCAGUACUGUGUACAAAUGCAUAAAUCCCUUCCCCAAGACGAGGCCAUAUGACAAAUCCAAGCCCUCCCGCAACUUGAACCAAUCAAAGUGGAAUGGCUCCCAUCUGCUAGCGGUUGGGCUCGGAUCUACACAGUGGACAGUCGUGCGUACUCGCUAA